GUUGCUCUGAGCUUCCCGUGCCCGCGCGCCAAUCGCGAGCCUGUCUUCGAUCGGAGAGAAGCGCCCCGCUCGGGCAUCGCACAGGGUUCGCCUUCGCAGCCAGCUGGGGGCGCCACCACGGAGCACAGGGCAGCCCCAGCCACUUGGGCUCCAGCGUCUGCAGCCGCAGGCUCUCGAAGCUCGGCGCUCGGCCGCGAUGGUGGCGCCCGCGAGCCUGCCCCUCUCGGCCUGCGCGCCCGGUGCGGCCCCGGCGGCCGCGCCGAGCCGCAAGCGCCGGCCGGGCGACGGGUCCCCCGCCGCCGCCGAGCUCCAGGAUCUGGGUCCGCCUGCCUGCCAGCACGAUGCUCUACCGAGCCGCCCAGCCCGCGGCGGAGCCCAUGGGCCACGAGCGCGCGGCUCUGCACGAAGCGCUGCGACUCCACCAUCGCGACGCGCGGGCUGACGCGCUCGGAGGCGGGGAGGUGUACGAGAGCGGCGACGGCUGCUGUGCCCGGGUGCUGCAGUACAAGCCGCUGGCGCCUCUGCGGCUGCUGCGGCGGUCGCCGGGCGUGCCUCCCGAGCAGGCGCCGCUGGGGUGGCUGAUGAGGGAGGCGUCUGCGCGCUGCAUGGACGGGGCGUACCUGCCGGACGAGGGCACGGUGGUGCUGCUGGAGUCCCUGGUGGCCGAGGAUGAUGGCGACCAGAAGCUGGCCCUCAUCGACGACGACAAGCACGACGGCCAGACGCAGCUGCUGCUCACCGACAUGUUCACCCGCAUGAGCCUGCGCUAG